ACAUCAGCAUCACAGUUCUCGGGUCCCACGUCCAAUCUGCUAAAUCAGGAUUUCUGGCAGGGGCCCAGCAAGCUUGUGUUUUAAAAAGUUUUCCUGGUAAUUCUGAUGACUGCAUCCACUUAGUCUCCUCAGGGAUGUGAUAAAAAAAGAAAAACUUGCCCAUGUCCAGCGCAUCCUGCACCAGAGUGGUGCCUGCUCCAGAGCUGGCUCCUGUUCUCUCCCGCUUCGUUUCCAGAGUUCUUCUUGCCAUUUCUCUGACCUGGAGAGCUGCAGUACCUGCUGCACCUUGCAGGACUGUGGUUUUAGCUCCACUGGCGAGCUGUAUUCCUGGGGAGAAGGCUACAGGCAUUGGUGGACGAGAGACCAUAGAAAGGAGAAGUUGGCAGUGCCAGAGAAACUCCUUUAUCCCUUCACAGUUGGGCACACAUACUGCCCUUUUGCUACCAGCUCUAGAUGGAAACGUGCGGAGAUGUUUGAAGUCAAGAAGACAGUGGCACGCACUGACUUUGAGGGCGCUUUUCUGGAUGGUGUGCUGAGAACAGACCCAGUCCUGGAGGAAGGGGAAGAUGCUGCUGCCACAAUCAGUACCUCAGAGGCCCUGUCAGAGGAGGAGCAAGAUGAGCUAAGAAGAGAACUUGCAAAGGUUGAAGAGGAAAUCCAGACUCUGUCUCAAGUAUUAGCAGCAAAAGAGAAGCAUCUAGCAGAGAUCAAGCGGAAACUUGGAAUCAGUUCACUACAGGAAAUAAAGCAGAACAUUUCCAAAGGGUGGCAGGACGUGACAGCAACAUCCGCAUACAAGAAGACGUCGGAAACCUUGUCUCAAGCUGGACAGAAGGCGUCAGCUGCUUUUUCAUCUGUUGGAUCAGUGAUCACUAAAAAGCUGGAAGAUGUAAAAAACUCCCCAACUUUCAAAUCAUUUGAAGAAAAGGUUGAAAACUUAAAGUCCAAAGUAGGGGGCACCAAGCCUGCUGGCGGGGAUUUUGGAGACGUCCUGAACUCAACUGCAAACGCUAGUGCUGCCACUACGGAGCCUCGUACAGAGCAGACGCCGGAGAACCCGUGAGAUUUCUGCCCUCCUUCUGCUUCCACUGCCAGAUGCUGCAAGCGGGAUCCAAGCACAUCCUGUCGACGUCCAUUGCCGUGCAUUUCUACCGGAUGUGCUUUUCUUUAGCUUUAGAUAUUCCUUUGACAGAAUAGUUUGCAGGUUAAAAAAAAAUUAAAUAUCUUCACCUCUAUUCCUGGAAAACACCCUUUAAUGUGCAUCUUAAGCCCUUUAUUAAGACACCAUUAUCAAAACACUCAUAGUACCUGGGAAUACUUGCUAGAAUGAUCUAAGAAGCUCCCAGGCUCUUCUAGUUCUUCCUGCUUUACAAAGUUACUCUGGAUCCAGAUGUCAGUUUGAUCUUUGUCUUCUUUAAGAUUUUUUUCCUCCUCUUUGAAUCUCUGUAUAUUUGAUUCCUAACUAAAAUUGUUCUUUUAAUUUUUUUCUGAAUUAUGGUUAUGAAAAGUUUUGUUAUAAUAUUCUUUACCACCAAGGGAAGACUACCAGCUACAAAAAAAAAAAAAAAAUUGAAUAAACCCUUUUUGAAUAAGGUACAUAUCUUCUAAAUAUUAUGAAUACACUGGAUUAGAUAAAUCAGCUCUACAUCCAAAUUGCUAUAGUUUUGUGAUAAUAUGUACAGUAAUUCAAAAUACUAGGCGUCUUGAGAGUUGAACCUUAUGUUUUGUUUCUCCUCAAAUGACAGCAGAGCAUUUCAGUGUACUGGUUAUUAUGCCACUUUUAUCCAUUUAUUCUUCAUCAAGUAAAAUGUUAACUUCAGAGGCAAAUUCACAAGAUAAUAUUCUGAGUCAAGUAUAUUGUCCAUAAGUUGAAAUAUGAACACUCUCUUCAAAUGUUUAAUUCAAAAGCCUGAAAUUUUAGUUUAAAUCUGUCACACGAGGGAAAGCGUUGCUGUCUUCAUUGAAUUCAUUCAGCACCAUUUGCCGUAAGAAGCACACAAAGUUAUACAACUAAUAUAACUUGAAAUUUUUUUCUACUAAGGGGUUGGUGAUAACUCCAGAGGAUGUAAUGCAUUAAAAAAAAAAAAAACAAACCCAACUCAUCACUUUCUUUCUACUUACUUGUGUUCAGUGUGUUAGAAGUUAUAAAAUGUUAUAGUAGACAUUGCCCCCUACCUUGAAAACUGAGCAUCAGGGCUGAAUGAAUCAAAGCGUCUGGGCGUAUCUGCCUGGAGACCAAGGUACUGAUCACCACCGCCUGUCUGACGUGCUAGUGGCCUGCGAUGUUGUAUUUAUUAUUUAUCAAGUUGUGAUUGUUUUAUUAUUGUUUAUGCCAAAUAUUAAUUGCCAAGCUUGGAGUGAUCUAGAACCGUUUUUUAAAAGCAUGAUUAGGUUUACUUCAGGGUCAAUUUAUCUUACGAAAACCAAAUUUGGAAAAGCCAGUGUUGAUUGUUAUAACACUGCCAUUCGUGAUCGCUAGAGCUUUGUUAGCACCUUAGAUGCAACUGAAACUGUGCUCUAUUUCAUGUAAAAAGCUUAAUAAAUUCUGUGUAUCAGUAGUGUAGGUCUCAAUAUGUAUUAUGAGACCAGUGGUCUGGAAAUAGCUUGUUGCAUUAAAGAAUCAACUGGUGUCUGUGCUAAAAAAGAAGGCAAUUUUUUUUUUUUUAAACCAUCAGCUUUAAGUCACUACUUAAUGAAAUCAGACUAAUAUUCUAAAUAAUUUCCUUGCAGAGGCAGAGGCGUAGUGAGGAGGGGUCGCCAGAGGGGGGCGCACAUCCAAGGGGGCGCCAGACUAGGUGAGGAAUGACAUUCGGAGGCGCCAUCAGUAAAGGUGCCUGGCUGAGGCAGCUGGACAAGAGGGGGAAGGCGUUUUUUACUGACAAGUCGCCACCAUCAAUGUCUAUACAUCUUAAAAUUGGGGGACGGGGGGUGAAAUUUAAGAGAUUGCCCCUGGGUGCCCUGUACCCUUGCUGUGCCCCCAUCUAGAGGCUUUAAGGCCCAAGUUAUUAAAGUAGUGUCUCAAGAGUGGAUCUGUAGAAUGUGGCUUUUUAUAAGAAUAUUGUAAGGACAACAUAACUUCAUUUUUUUUCUACCAACUAGUCUUUUUUUUUUAAU